UUCGUUUUAAAAAUAUGCAAGAAAGGCAAAUAUAACAUCGUUCUGAGCUCACGCCCCCCCUGACCGAGCUUGCUUGACACGACAGGAGAUGCACGCGCGCUGCCUGCGAGCGUGCGUGCACUGUGGCGAUGCGUGUUCAGGGUGCAGUGAGACGAAGAGAAGGGAGGAGAAACACGUUUGGAUACGGAAUGCGCACAUGGGAGCAUUGGAUGAAUAGCGUAUAGUCGUCGCCGAAAUGGCCAAAAACACAUCAUUAUAUUUUCGCAUUGUCGAGGGCAGGAACCUCCCAGCCAAAGAUGUGUCUGGAACCAGUGAUCCAUACUGCAUAGUAAAAGUUGACAAUGAAGUUGUAGCCAGGACUGCUACAGUGUGGAAGAAUCUCAAUCCUUUCUGGGGUGAAGAGUACACACUGCACCUCCCAAUGGGUUUCCAUUCACUCUCCUUUCAUGUCAUGGAUGAGGAUACGAUUGGCCAUGAUGAUGUUAUUGGAAAGAUUUCGCUGACCAAAGAAGCCAUCGGAUCUCAAACUAAAGUGCUAGACAGUUGGAUGAACCUGACUCGGGUUGAUCCCAAUGAAGAAGUCCAAGGAGAGAUCCACCUGACUCUUCAACUGCUGAAACACACAGAGAAGAUUGUCCUGCGAUGUGAUGUGAUCGAAGCCAGAGACCUGGCCCCAAGAGACAUCUCUGGAACCUCAGAUCCAUUUGCAAGAGUUAUUUACAACAGCCACAGUGCAGAGACCUCGAUUAUCAAGAAGACCCGUUUCCCUCAUUGGGGAGAAACCCUGGAGCUGGACUUGGAUCCACAGGAACUCAGUGAGGAAGGAACUGUCAUUGUGGAGGUUUGGGACUGGGACAUGGUGGGCAAAAACGACUUUCUGGGAAAGGUGGAAAUCCCUUCUGCUUGUUUGCACCAAAAGACGCUAUUGGAGAGCUGGUUUCGUUUGCUACCGUUGGGAAACAAUGAGGUGGAUGCAGGAGGCAAGUUGGGAGCAUUGCGUCUGAAAGUGCGCUUGGUCGAGGAUCAGAUUUUGCCGUCUUUGUACUAUCAGCCGCUCAUUGACCUUUUGGUUGAGUCAGUCAUCUCCCCUGCUGAGGUUGAAGACAGCAGUGCAUUGACCAUGCUGGAAGAGGUCACCACCGUUGAGAGCCGACAAGAUGUGGCCAUGACCUUGGUGAAGAUCUACCUGGGUCAGGGCCUCGUGGUUCCCUUUUUAGAUUAUCUGAACACCCACGAGGUCAACCAUACCACUGAUCCAAAUACUUUAUUUCGUUCCAACUCUCUUGCGUCCAAAGCCAUGGAGCAGUUUAUGAAGGCUGUUGGCAUGUUGUAUUUACAUGAAGUGUUGAAACCCAUCAUUAGCCGCAUCUUUGAUGAGAAGAAGUACAUUGAACUGGACCCAUGUAAGAUUGACCUGAAUCACACAAGGCGAAUUUCAUUCAAAGGUGUAGUGUCGGAGGCAGAGGUGCGGGACAGCAGUGUGGAGAUGCUGCAAAGCUACUUAACCAGGAUCGUUGAAUCAAUCGUUGGCUCGGUUGAGCAAUGUCCUCCUGUCAUGAGAGUGGCCUUCAAACAGCUGCACAAGCGGGUGGAAGAGCAAUUUGCCGAACCUGAGAACGAGGAUGUGAAAUAUCUCGCCAUCAGUGGAUUCUUUUUCUUGCGUUUUUUCGCUCCUGCCAUCCUCACACCUAAACUGUUCCAGCUGAGAGACCAGCAUGCUGAUACACGUACAAGCAGGACACUGUUAUUGCUGGCCAAGGCAUUACAAAGUGUGGGGAACCUGGGCCUGCAACUGGGUCAUGGAAAGGAGCAGUGGAUGGCACCUCUUCAUCCCAUCAUCCUUCGCAGUGUGGCCUCUGUCAAGGACUUCUUGGACAAAUUGAUUGACGUUGAUCAUGACAUGGUAUCUGAGAUGCCACAGCGAGCGGUGUUCCUCCCCACGGUCAUCGUCAAAGAAGGAUACCUCCAAAAACACAAAGCCGAAGGAGCCCAGCUGUUGUCUCGCUUCGCCUCCAAGAAGCGCUACUUCUGGUUGACCAGUGAGACGCUCUCUCACGCCAAGACCCCUGAUUGGCAGGUGCGCUCCUCAAUGCCCAUCCAUUGUGUGCGCGCGGUGGAGAGGGUGGACGAAAAUGCCUUCCAGCAGCAGAAUGUAAUGCAGGUCAUUACCCAGGACAAUGACGGCCAACUCCAAACCAUGUACAUCCAGUGCAAGAAUGUGAAUGAGCUGAACCAGUGGCUGUCAGCUAUCAGGAAAGUCAGCAUCUACAAUGAGCGCAUGCUUCCUUCCUUCCACCCGGGGACACAUCGUGGGGGCAAGUGGACGUGUUGCCUGCAGACGGAGCGCAAAGUUCCAGGCUGCAGUCGAACCCACUCCGCUGUGACUCUGGGGGACUGGAGUGACCCUCUUGAUCCCGAUGUAGAGACUCAGACGAUUUACAAGCAGUUUCUCCAGGGAAGAGACAAACUCAGGAAAAAAUACCUUCCAGAGGCAGAUCAGAUGACCAGCAAUAAAGAAGAGAUCAACUCUGACAUUCACCCAGAUGGCGCCGAAUGUAAAGUGGACCACGUAAAGGCGGGUCAGAGCCUCGCCAUUCGGCUCCUUACAGCGAUUGAGGAUCUAGAACAGGCUCACGCAACCUUCCAGGGCAGAGGCGAAGAGGACCCCACCAAUGUAAUUUUGAAUCAGUAGACCAGACUACGAGUGGUCCCAAUAAAUCCUUCUCAAAUACAAGUGAGACUGAAUUCCAGCCUUGAGAUCGUGAUGGAGAAAACGUGGCUGAAUGGGCGCAUCCUUUCGAGAGUAUUUCCAAUAUGUAGGCCAUGCUUUGUAUUCUGUGAGUGCCACCGACUUCAGCAAUGCCGCAGAGAAUUUAUGACAUGUGAAGAUAAAGGGAGCAUGAUCGCUUGAUAUUUUUUGUCGCAUGUCCUGUGUCCUCAUGGUUGAAUGUGGGGGUGGGGUGGGGUGGGGACAUCUUUUCUGUUUUGACAUACUUUACAGGACACCAGGUCGCACAUUUUUUAUGCAAAAGCUUGUUCUAUAAUGUGCUUAACUUUCUGUAAGUGCGUUAUGAUUACUUUUGUGCAUGAAUUUUGGCGCCUCAUUAAUUCAACACGACUAUGACUGCAGUGACAUCAUGAUGAGAAACACACAUGCCACACGAUGACCUGUGCCGAUAAGUAAACAAAGUAAAAUGUCUUGUAAUUGUUGCUUUGGGCCCUUCAUGACGGAGCAGUGUGCAUUUGUUUGGUGCUGUCAGCAUUUACUUUGUUUUGUACUUGCAGCUGACGAUGCAUUGUGGUAACCUUCCACUGAUGUGGGUAACAUUUAUCUUUUACAUAUUAUAUCCAGCCACCUAAAUGAUCAUAUGCAGUAUAGAUAGAGGGGACCAGAUCCUUCUUUGGUAGUACGAAUAAGAUGGGUAAAUUGAGUAGUUUACAAUGUAUAUUUUUGAGGUGCCAUCAAGUUUGGGAAUCGAAAGGGUCACGCUUGGAAAAAGCUAAUGUAUAUUAAGACCCCCCCCCUCCCAAAAAUGUGGAUCUAGAUCGGUUUUACAUUUGUACAUUUAAAAUCACACAUUUUUUUAAACAGUUAUUGCUCUUUCGAUUUGGGCACAGAUUAAGUGUUCAUGUUAAUGGAAGCACGCACGCGAGAGUGUUUGUGUGUGGUGUGUGCGUGGGUUAGGGGGGUCCUUUAGAAUAGUGACUGUUGCAGAAAGGGCAGUCAAUAAUUAGUUUUCAUGUUGUGGUAUUUCUGCAGUCCAAAAUAUUGUUUUUUUUAUUGCUCUCACAUUUAUUCACAUCACAAAAUCCAAAUUGGAAACCAGAAUGAACGUAAACCAAAAACACCUUUCCCUUUUAUUUUGAAAUCUCACUGUUCUUCUACUGGACUGUCAACUACGGAAAUCAUGACAACACUCAUAUUCAUUAGAACACGACUGUUCAAUUUCCUAUGUGUAAAGAUAUGCAUGUGCAUCACAAUAUUGCCAUUAAAUUUCCCAGACUGUGCACAACCAAGUGAUGGGGAUUUGGCCCGUUUUGUGGGCUCUUUCGAUUCAGCUCCAAAAACCGAAGGCAAGUUGUCAAAAAUGUUUGAUGACUUGGCUCAAAAAGACAAUGAAGUCAAUAUCUCUUUUCGGUUUAUAUUACAUUUGGAUGCAGUUUGAUGAGAGCUGAAGUAGCAUCAGUCUUUUACAGCAGAAAGCGUAAGUGUUAACUUCAAUAUACAAAAAGCCUACAUACAAAAGAAUGACUUUAUAAAAUCACCAAACGUCAUAUUAAAUAAACUAUGUUUGUAUCCA